CACGAACCAUGCCGUGGGCGACGGCGCCGGGUGGUUCUUCGACUGGAAGGCGAACGCCUCCGCCGCCAACUACUCUGCCUGGGCCGCCAAUCGCACCUUCUACCUCGGCGACUACCUCAGUGAGUUCAAGUUCGACCGUGCAAGAUCAUGAGACAUGCUACUGACAUUGUUGAUGUGUUCAGGCUUCAAGACGGACACGGGCAACACGGUGGUGCACACGACCAACGCCACGGCGUACAGGCUCUGCAGCGACGGCGUCGCGGCGAACGGCAGCAGCGGCUGGAAGCCGGAGGGGGCGUUCCUGGCCGUGAUGCUGACGGCGGAGGGCGCCAACUACUUCUUCUCGGACGCCGGGGACGGCGACCACUGCCGGAAGGGGAUGCGGUUCGAGGUCGCCGUCGCGCACGGCCGAGGCCUGCCGUCGGUGCCGGCGUCGUACUACGAGCCGCUCUCCGGCGCACCGGCCGGGAUGCCGGAUGGCGGCGGGGCUGUGGCCACGUGGGUUGCCUUGGUUGUUGCCUUGGCUGCGGCAUUGGUGUUGUGAAGUCCCAGUUGAUCUUGAUCCUGGUACAAUUUUUAUUCAACUUCUUUAGCUCAAAAUCUUUUGUGGCAUCAAAGUUUUGUAUGGCUAUUCCUUGUACAAAUAUUAUAAUUUUGUAUCGUUUGGAAGUAUUACUAUCAGGGAUUGAGCAGUUC